AACCAUCUCAAGGAGGAUCAGAAGAAAUGGACAGCAUGAUCUAGGUAACAGGAGGCAGGUAAAGGGGGAGGUGGAGCUUACUGAGACCUCCUCCACUGUUGGAGGCAGAUAAAAGUCCAUCACGGAGAGCAAGAAGACACUUAGAGGGACUCGACUCUCCUCUUUGUGCGCCCUGCCAUACCUCUCUCUCUCUGCUCUACCUUUUGUCUGUGAAUUCUACCCUGUCAGAGGAAAAUAUGAAUACGUCUGUGAAGAGCUACACCGUGACCUCCAGAGGCGGUGGUGGUGGUGGUGGAGGUGGAGGUGGAGGUAGCGGUAGCUUCCGUAAGACAUAUAGCUCACAAUCUGUCAGUUCUGGCAUGAUGGGAGGCGGUGGUAGGAUGAGCGGCGGCUCAAGGUUUAGUGUUAGUGGUGGGAAUUUCGGAGGUGGUAGGUCGGGCAGCUCAAUGUUUAGUAUGAAAAGUGGUAUGGGUGGUGGUGGUGGUUUCAGUUAUGGUGGUGGUGGUGGUGGUUUCAGUUAUCUUGGUGGUGGUGGUGGCGGUGGUGGUGGCGGUGGUGGUUUCGGUGGUGGUGCUGGUUGUUUCGGAGGUGGUUUCGGAGGUGGUAUGGGUGCUGGCGGCGGCGGAGGUUUUUGUGCGCCAAUCACAAACGUCCAAGUCAACCAGAGCCUGUUGUGCCCUCUGAACCUUGAGAUCGACCCCAACAUCUCGAAGGUCCGAAGCAAUGAGAAAGAGCAGAUCAAGACCCUCAACAACCGCUUCGCCAGCUUCAUUGACAAGGUGCGCUUCCUGGAGCAGCAGAACAAAAUGCUGGAAACCAAGUGGAGCCUGCUGCAGGAACAGACCACCACCCGCUCCAACAUUGAUGCCAUGUUCGAGGCUUACAUUGCAAACCUGCGCAGACAGCUCGACGGUCUCGGCAAUGAGAAGGUCAAGCUGGAGUCAGAGCUGAGGAACAUGCAGGGACUGGUAGAGGACUUUAAGACCAAAUAUGAAGAUGAAAUCAACAAGCGUGCAGCUGUAGAGAAUGACUUUGUGCUCCUCAAGAAGGAUGUCGAUGCGGCCUACAUGAACAAGGUUGAGCUAGAAGCCAAGGUCGAUUCCCUUCAGGAUGAAAUCAACUUCCUCAGAGCUGUCUUUGAGGCGGAACUGAAUGAGCUCCAGGGACAGAUCAAGGACACUUCAGUCGUUGUGGAGAUGAACAACAGCCGUACCCUGGACAUGGAUGCCAUUGUGGCUGAUGUCAAGGCUCAGUAUGACGAAAUCGCCAAACGCAACCGUGCUGAGGCAGAGUGUUGGUACCAACAAAAGUUCCAGGAGAUGCAGUCCUCCGCAGGCGCAGCAGGAGAUGACCUUCGCAACACCAAGAGUGAGAUUGCUGAGCUCACACGCAUGAUUAGCCGUCUCCAGAAUGAGAUUGAGUCAGUGAAAGGACAGCGAGCCAACCUUGAGGCCCAGAUUGCUGAGGCCGAGGAGCGUGGAGAGUUGGCAGUCAAGGACGCCAAGGCCCGCAUCAGGGACCUUGAGGAGGCCCUGCAAAGAGCAAAACAGGACAUGGCCCGCCAGGUCCGUGAGUACCAGGAGCUCAUGAACGUCAAGCUGGCUCUGGACAUUGAGAUCGCCACCUACAGGAAGCUGCUGGAGGGAGAGGAGGACAGGAUUGCCAGUGGUGGUGGAAGUGCAACUAUCCACGUCCAGACAUCAUCCUCCAGUUCUGGUGGUGGUGGCGGAGGCGGCGGCAUGGGCUAUGGCUUUGGCGGCGGCGGCGGAAUGGGCGGCGGCUAUGGCGGCGGCGGCGGAAUGGGCGGCGGCUAUGGCGGCGGCGGAAUGGGCGGCGGCAUCAGCAGCGGCUUCAGCAGCAGCGGCGGCGGCUUCAGCAGCGGCUUCAGCAGCAGCGGCGGCGGCGGCGGCGGAAUGAGCAGCAGCUCGGUGCAACGGACGUCCAGCUCAAGGCAGUCAUCUCGUUACUAAAUCCAGCUGUUGUCUCUCUCUUCAUUCCUUCAUUUGUUCUCCACCUCUUGUACCUCCAGCCUCUCACAAAGCUUCCAUAACCCUCAACACCCCUCAAAAUCCAGCAGACCCAGGAAUUUAGUCACUGAGGUGCUCCUUCCUUAUCGGCACCACAGAGAGAGUAAGAGAUAACAUCAAAAAGCAAUCAGAGGCAAAGCGAUUAUUAGACCAGAAAAACAGAGCAGCAGAGAUGUGAGUCUGUCCUCUCUUCUUUGGAUCAGUCAGCCAGGCUGUCUUUUAGUUGCUGGAUGUGCUGUCAAGCAGACAAGAUGAUACUUGUAGUGUCAUGACAGAAAAUCUCAACAAAGCAACAAUAACUGCACACAAAAUACCAGCAUGUUAAAUAUUUGAGCAGGGGGCAGAAUUGUAUACCUGGUCUUGAAUUUUUAAGAAUACAUGACAUACACCUGUCACACCUAUGACUCCAUCUUCCUGCAAUGUCUUCUCUGUUGUAUCACAUCUGUCAUCGUGUGCAUUGUGACAUCAUCAAAAGCAGCCACACUUAACACUGUCAUAUUUCACUUGUUGUGUCCUCUUUUCUUUUCUUGUUCGGAGAGAAAAUGAGCUCUCCACUUCAGCAUAUCAGUGGUGUCCUGAUCCUGCUUUGCUUCCAUUUCCACUCUAAAUGAAAAUGAAACAUGGUUAAGGCUGACUGGAAAAGAACAGAUCCAUCAUGAAUUUGUAACACCAAAUGCCUGAAAUAAAUCUGAUUUCAUAAU